AUGUGUAUCACUCUAAACAUCUGCCUGCAUCUGUCCUUUAUCUUUAUUUCUGUCAAUUCUGACUCCUGUCAAAUCCAGGGACAUUUCAAGUUGAACAGAAUGUAUAAGGAUGGAGAUUAUAUCAUUGGAGGCUUGUUUGAGGUUCAGCACCUCAAAGUAUUUCCAGAACUGAGUUUCCGAAUGGAGCCAGAACAGCCAAAGUGUGAGGAAUUCUACAUGUCAAGCUUCCAGCAGGCACAGACCAUGGUUUUUGCUAUAGAUGAGAUCAAUAAGAAUCCAAACCUGUUGCCUAACAUCACACUUGGUUACCAUCUUUAUGACAACUGUUUAAAGCUUGUGGUGGCAUUUCGGGCUGCUACAACUCUUAUUAGUGGGACGGAGGAAACGUUUUCAAACUUCAACUGCACUGGCCCACCCCCAGUGAUUGCUAUCGUUGGGGAUCCUGGGUCCACUCAUUCCAUCGCAGUUUCUAGUGUACUAGGCCUGUUUCAUGUCCCAUUGAUUAGCUACUAUGCCACAUGCUCAUGUUUGAGUAACAGGAAAAAGUACCCCUCUUUCUUCAGAACAAUCCCCAGUGAUGCAUUCCAGGUUCGGGCUAUGGUUCAGAUCUUAAAAUAUUUUGGAUGGACCUGGGUUGGUGUUCUCUAUAGUGAUGAUGACUAUGGCAUUUAUGCUGCUCAGUCCUUCCAGCAGGAAAUGCAGCGGUUCAAAGGCUGUGUGGCUUUUUCUGAAAUAGUGCCCUAUGAUAAUCAUAGGGACAUUCAACGCAUAGUGGCAGUUAUUAAGGCCUCUACAGCCAGAGUAGUCGUGGCUUUCUCAACUGAUCUGUUACCCCUGAUGGAAGAGCUGUUACAACAAAAUGUGACAGGCAGGCAGUGGAUUGCAAGUGAGGCAUGGUCCACCUCCCCUGUCCUUCAUCUUCCACGUUUUGUACCUCUCGUUAGGGGCACGCUUGGCAUUGCUAUCCAUCGGGGAAAGAUCAAAGGACUUCAUGAAUUUCUGCUACACAUACAACCUGACAAUGAUCCAACAAAUAACAUGGUGAGAAUUUUUUGGGAGAACAUGUUUGGGUGCAGUUUUGAGAAAGGCAACGGGUAUGGAGAAAAAAUGUGUACAGCACAAGAGGAUCUAAACAUCACAGUUAAUGAAUACAAUGAUGUAUCAGAGCUGAGAGCCUCUUAUAAUGUCUAUAAGGCAGUUUAUGCACUGGCACAUGCACUUCAUGAUCUUAUGCAGUGUGAGGAGGGGAGAGGACCAUUCAGUGGGAACAGCUGUGCUGACAUAACAAAACUGAAACCUUGGCAGAUGGUUCCCUACCUGCAAAAAGUGAACUUCACUACAGGCUUUGGGGAUCAUGUGUCAUUUGAUGAGAAUGGAGAUGCUCUGGCCAUUUAUGAUGUGAUGAACUGGCACCCCAGCUCUGAUGGGUUAAUUGUUGUCCGCACAGUAGGUGUCGUAGAUGAAGGGGCAUCAGCAGGGAGGGUCCUCACUCUGGAUGAGGAUGCAAUAUAUUGGAACUUUGAGACAAAAAAACCACCACGGUCUGUAUGCAGUGAGAGCUGCCCUCCAGGAACCAGACGUGCCAUGAGGAAGGGCCUUCCUGUCUGCUGUUUUGACUGCUUGCCAUGUGCGGACGGGGAGAUUUCUAAUAUGUCAGAUGCUACUGAAUGCACAUCAUGUCCAAAUGAAUUCUGGUCUAGUCCAAAAAAGGAUCAAUGUGUCCCAAAAGAAGUAGAAUUUCUAUCCUAUGAGGAUCCCCUGGGCAUCUCGUUGACCACUGCUUCACUGCUUGGCACCUGCUUUUGUGCUCUUGUGUUGGCCGUCUUUGCUCAUCACCAUAACACUCCUGUAGUACGUGCCAACAAUUCAGAGCUCAGCUUUCUGCUGCUUUUGUCACUCAAACUGUGCUUUCUCUGUGUGCUGCUGUUUAUUGGUAGGCCACAGUUAUGGACAUGUCAGUUAAGACAUGCCAUGUUUGGCAUAAGUUUUGUCUUGUGUGUCUCUAGCAUCCUUGUCAAGACCAUGGUGGUAAUAGCUGUGUUCAAGUCCUCUCGACCUGAGGGUAAAAGUGCUGUGAAAUGGUUUGGAGCAGUUCAGCAAAGAGGUACCGUCUUGGUUCUCACUGCUGUCCAGAUUGUUAUAUGUGUGGUCUGGCUCUCAACUGCCUCUCCAACACCCCAUAAAAACAUCCUGUAUGUCAGAUCUAAAAUAGUAUUUGAAUGCUCUAUUGGCUCAAUGGCUGGCUUUGCCAUUCUGUUGGGUUACAUUGGCAUCCUGGCAGCUGUAAGCUUCCUGUUAGCUUUUCUAGCAAGGAACCUCCCAGAUAACUUUAAUGAAGCCAAAUUCAUCACAUUUAGUAUGCUGAUAUUCAGUGCUGUGUGGAUUGCAUUUAUUCCUGCAUAUGUGAGCUCUCCAGGUAAAUAUUCAGUCGCAGUGGAGAUAUUUGCCAUUUUGGCUUCUAGUUUUGGACUACUGGUUGCCAUAUUUGUCCCAAAGUGCUACAUCAUAAUCUUACAUCCAGAGAGAAAUACUAAAAAAGCCAUCAUGGGAAGAACAGCUGAAAAAUAA